AGCAGCAAACUGUUGUGGUCUUUGAAUUAUCAGCCGUUAUUUUUGAGACGGAGUUGAGCAAGCGUUGUAAAAAUUUAUAUCAAAAGGUUUGGAUAACACUGGCACAGCUGGGUGAAAUACAACGACUGUGCCAAAAUAAUAUCAGUUGGUGGAUCUGUAACUUAUUUGCAGACGAGUUUAUCAAGAAAAGACAUUAAAAUGGAGAUCCAGAUGAGAAGACACCGAACGGCUCAGAUCCAGGACCAGGAAAAUAUUUAUGCUAUAAAAGGCAAAGCAAAUGUGGCGAUUCCUGCUAAAAAGCAAGGUUUGACUGUGCGUGGAGCGUUAGGGGAUAUAAACACGAACGUUCAAACUCAUCGUGAAAUCGGUGGUAAAGUUGCUGUGGCUGCUGCUGAGUUUGAGAAGAAAGCUACGCUAAAUCGGGCUGUUUUACGAAGCAAUUAUAGCCAUGUUCAGUCGAAGGUGGAUACUGGUUUGGCAGCUAAAGCGGCGCCGGUGGUACAGCCGUCAUCCAGACCUCCACUGCGCCGAGAGGAAAGCACUGCUGGCCUUGCUGUCAGAGCUGCGGCUCGCAACCGGGCAAUCUUGAAAGACGCCCAGAACAAACCAACUGAGCUCAAAGAAUCGAUAAACGUUUACAUUCAAACUAAGAAGUUGCAAGAAGCUAAGAAAUCAUCUAAGCUGCCAACACUAAAGGAAAACAAAGAAAUCAAAGCAUUGAAGCCAAUUCUCAAAGAAUCUACUGAAUCACUUGGAAAAUUGAAAUUAGAAGAGGCUUAUGAGAAGACUUCAAUCAUAGACAAGAAGAAGGUUGAAAGCUAUGCAGCCUUAUUGAACUCUGACUUGAAUGAUACUCCUCAACUGCCUGAUGAUAUUGAAGACAUUGAUGCUGGAGACAAUAACAGUCCGCUGCUUAUGUCCAUCUACAUUAAGGAUAUCUACAACUAUCUGACUGAGUUGGAGAUUAAGUAUCCUAUUGAAGUAGACCAUUUGAGGAAACAGACUGUGAUAACUGGAAAGAUGAGGGCAACUCUUAUUGACUGGCUGGUGGAGGUACAGAGGCAGUUCUCUCUGGUGCUGGAGACAUUCCACUUGACUGUUGGAAUCAUUGACCGAUACUUACAGGCAGUACCAAACGUUCAACGGAAUCAGCUGCAGCUUGUCGGCGUGACGGCGAUGUUCAUAGCCAGCAAGUACGAAGAGAUCUACGCUCCUGAUGUCGGCGACUUCGUGUAUGUGACCGACCACGCGUACACCAAAGCUGACGUGUUCCAGUGUGAAAGAGAAAUCAUGUCUAAACUAGGCUUCUGCCUGGCUAGACCUAUUCCACUUAGCUUCUUGAGGAGGUUUGUGAAAGCAGCUCAUGGAACAUCGAAAAAUCAUCAUUUAGCCAAAUAUUUAGUAGACCUCAGUCUUGUUGAGUAUACAAUGGCGCACUACAGACCAUCGGAACUAGCUGCGGCCGCCAUCUGCCUGUCUCUGCACCUUCUGUCGGGCAAGAAGCUUGAAGAGGUGUGGACACCGACUCUGUCGUACUACUCAGGAUAUAGCCUCGAACAUAUUGACCCUAUCAUUAGGAAACUUGCCAAAAUCGUCGUCAAUGUAGAUAGCUCUAGAUAUAAGGCUGUAUAUAACAAGUAUUUGGACAUAUCAUUAGCAAAAGUAUCCAGCCUACACCAACUUAGAGGAGAAGCAAUCUAUGAACUGGCCAAGAUCCCAUCGAGUUCCUAAGCUUAUGAAUACUAGUAUUGUGUUGUCACAGUAUGUUGUGACAACUUGUGUGUUGACUACGUUUUGUAAGCAGUGUUCUAUGACGGCGGACUGAAUUUGAUAUAAGGUUUGUUUUAGGUACCUGGUUUGUUGCUAGUUUUAAUUUAGAAAUAGUUUAAUUUUUAGACGUAACUUUGUAAUAAUGAGACUAAUUAAAUAUUGUUGACGAGGUAAUUAUGUGUAUUUAUAUUUUUCAAUAUCUUGAACAGUAAUCUUGUUUUAUAUUUAUGUCUCUCGCCAAUGAAUUAUGUAUGUACGGCGUAGAAGCAACAAACAUUGUAAUUGCUGUUAUUGUGACGUUUUAAUUUAUUGAGAUUUGUAAAAUCUCCCCAUUAUAUAAACAUGGUGGUUUUCACGCCGGAGUAACAAAUAUGUAGAUUUUACGUAGCAUAAUAUUAUUUCGUUUUAGACCACAAACCUGACAAUAUUUAACCAGUAAAUUGUUAACUGACAUUCGAUAAUGCACCCGAAUCACCGCAUUUUAAACUGAUGUAAAGGUACUAGAAUAAUAUAUUCUAAUUAUUCACAGGACGCCAUAGUAAGAUAUUCGUAUUUUCAGGACUCGCAUUAUAACAAGUUUCGGACAUGUAAGUUUUUGUAUUGAUAUUUUUAAGAUAAGUUUGUAUAAUUGUAUUGUGAUUGAUAGAAUAUUUUGAUUGAAUGUAAUUUGAUAAUCCUGUGAUUAGAAUAUAUGAUGUAAUUGUUGAUAAAUAAAUCGAGUUUUAUAAUAA